AUGCGCCUCCUCCUCCUCCUGGACCCGCAAUGGAUUCACGUCCACCUCCAGUCGCAGGUUCAAGACCUCCUCCCCCCACCACGUCAUGGACAGUUUGACGAUGCGCCUGAGCCAGUACCUCGCUCACCAAUGAGACGAAACAAUAUGGAUGACUCUACCAAGCGACGUUCACGCUCUCAAGAACGUGGCAAUGAGCGUAAUGGUAGUGAAUAUAGACGCCCACCACCAAUACGAGAACGGUCUCGAUCACGAAGCCGAGGUAAUGGCCGUUACCGUGAUCGUGAUCACGGAGUGGACAAACGUCGGGAAGACUCACACCGACGUGGACGCUCACGUUCUCGUGGACGUUCACGGGAACGUGAACGUCGGGAUCAUCGUGGUGAAUCUCGCCGUGGAGGUGGUGAUCGCAAUGAAGAUCGAGGUUAUUCGGUGCGCGGACCAAAAGCUGAUGAACAACGUCGUAACGAUGGACGUCCUGUGCGCAGGGACGAGGAAGCGGUGGAACGCGGCUACCGACGCACUUCAUCUAAUGGACAUGAUGACCGCACGUCUCGUAGAUAUGCAGCAGACUAUCAGCCGUAG